CGUCCUCGUCAAGACACACAGCAAUGUCACUGCAGGACUUGCUGGGAGGCAUGCUGGGCGGCAUGGGCGGCAUGGGCCAGGCCCCGUCACCGGAUGCACCUGUGGUGGACACCUCUGAGAUGGUGUACAUCUCUUCGCUGCCGCUGCUGAAGAUGCUGAAGCACGGGCGGGCUGGGGUGCCGAUGGAGGUCAUGGGCCUCAUGCUCGGCGAGUUUAUCGACGAGUACACGGUGCGGGUCAUCGACGUGUUUGCGAUGCCGCAGAGCGGGACCGGAGUGUCUGUGGAGGCUGUGGAUCCUGUGUUCCAGACCAACAUGCUGGACAUGUUGAAGCAGACCGGGCGUGCCGAGAUGGUGGUCGGAUGGUACCACUCGCACCCUGGUUUUGGAUGCUGGCUCUCGGGAGUGGAUGUCAACACUCAAAAGUCGUUCGAGGCGCUCAACCCGCGAGCAGUGGCGGUAGUGGUCGAUCCCAUCCAGUCUGUCAAGGGCAAGGUCGUCAUCGACGCCUUUCGCACCAUCUCGCCGCAGUCGGUCAUGCUCGGGCAGGAGCCGCGGCAGACGACGUCCAACGUGGGCCACCUGCACAAGCCGUCGAUCCAGGCCCUCAUCCACGGACUCAAUCGGGCGUACUACUCGAUCGCCAUCUCGUAUCGCAAGAACGAGCUCGAGCAGAAGAUGCUCGCCAACCUGCACAAGCGCCGCUGGCUUGAGGGCCUCUCGGUCGUCGACUUUGAGAAGCACACCAAGUCGAAUGAGGAGACGCUGGCCUCGAUGGCUGCCCUUGCUGCAAAGUACAACAAGGACGUCCAGGCCGAGGAGGGCCUGACUCCGGCAGAGCUCUCGAUUGCUCACGUCGGCAAGGUCAACGCCAAGAAGCACCUCGAGGGUGCGGUGGAGGACCUCAUGGCCGCCAACAUUGUCCAGACCCUCGGCAUCAUGCUUGACGUUGUCGUCUUUUAGCCAGCCACAGCAGUGAAGGAUGCUUUAGUGUG